AUGUCUUAUGAUAUCCUCCAUGACACUGGCUUAGCUGCCGUUGCUGACGGCGACAAAGUCACUGUCUAUUUUCAACUAUCCGAUGGCCUCCUGGGCGAGGCAACCUCAUCCUCUAACGGGUACUGGAAGAUACACCCAAUACAGAACCUGUCCGGACAGGCUCCAAAGCUCUACACCCCGAUAGCAGCCCUUAUUGGACGGAACAAACAGAGGCACCUUUUCUACAUCAAUCAAAACAACUACCUCAGCGAGGCCAUCUACAAACCUGACGACAAAAAGUGGUCUAUUGGCGGCCUGCCCUACCAGAGCAUCGCCCCAGCCCAAUACUCCAAGAUCGCUGCCGCGAAGUCCUUCGACGGCAAAGACCAUAUCUACGUCUUCUACCAGACCGCAGACAUAAACGGCGCUAUCCGCCAGGUUAUUUUCAAGGAACCCUCGUGGAUACAAGACUAUCGCAACCUCGGCGAUGAUGUCCUCACAGGAACCGGCCUGGCUGCUGUGGGUGCUGACCUAGGAACGGACAUCUCCAAUAACAACACCGAGAACCCUCCAGUGGCUUUCUUCCAGCAAAACACCUUGGGUCUCGCGUGGUUGCAGGAUACAUCAACCCGUAUAAUCGACGACGUGGACCCAGAAGCCUCCCCGCACACCCCGCUCGCCGUUACCGGGUCGCGAGACUCAAACGUGGCGAUCAAGUCUGAUCUCUUCUAUACCUCCAUCAGCAAUAUAAUUCAGCGGCUCGCCGUUAACGCAAACGGGAAGAAAUACGGCAGCAUUAAAGAUGUCAUCGCCACAACUCCAAAGGGGAAUCUCGCUGCUGUUGUGGCGAAGAAACGCACCGGAACUAAGAACGUUGACCAAGUUAUUGUGAUCUACCAGAUAGCUGACGAGACCGUGCCGCAGGGCCAGUCUGUUCCCGGUAGUACCUAUCCUAAGGUUUCUCUUUACCAGACUAGCUAUACUGUGACGGAGUCGGACGAGGGGGAAGAGCUGUCAAGAUCGGAGUUUGAGCAUGAGCUGUUGAGGUUUGAGUAG